CACCAAAACACACGCACUCUCUCGAUCUCGAUUUGAUCGCUUUUGGGACUUCAUCAAUGGCUGCAAAAAGGUUCCUUAGUGAAUCCGGUUUGGACUCCGACCCGCCCUCCGAAAAACGGAUGCGAACUCGACCUUCCUUCGCUUCUGUAAUUGGAGAAGUGGUGAUGGUGAACUCUUUGCAGCACUUCUGCUCGGGCUUGGAGCCGAUGCUUCGUCGAGUGGUGAAUGAAGAGGUGGAGCGCAGCCUUGCACGGUGCUCACGCACGCUCACGCGAGUCCCCUCGCUCCGAAUGCAAGCCCUAGAACCUUCUAGCCUUGAGUUAAGGUUUAGCAAAAGUCUCAAUCUGCCCAUUUUUACCGGAAGCAAGAUCAUGGAUGUGGACGGUUCUCAGCUCCAGAUCAUCCUCGUUGACACAAGAGGCGAUCAAGCAGUACUCACUUCUCUUCCUAGCCUGAUCAAGGUCGAGAUCGUGGUCCUCGACGGCGAUUUUCCUCCAGGAGACCGCACUAAUUGGACGAGCGAGGAAUUUGAACGAAACAUUGUUAGGGAGAGGCAAGGGAAAAGGCCUUUGCUCGCUGGAGAGUUGAGCGUGACCAUGAGGAACAAUGGGAUGGCUUCCAUUGGGGAAAUUGAGCUGACCGAUAAUUCCAGCUGGAUCAGGAGUAGGAAGUUCAGGCUUGGUGCUAGGGUUUCUCCAGGGAGUUACCAAGGCGUUAGGAUACACGAGGCCAUGACCGAGGCAUUCACCGUCAAAGAUCACCGAGGAGAAUUGUACAAGAAGCAUUAUCCUCCACAAUUAGGGGACGAAGUGUGGCGUCUAGAGAAAAUUGGAAAAGAGGGAGCAUUUCACAAGAAACUUGGUGACGCAGGGAUUAACACGGUCCAAGAUUUCUUGAAGCUGUCUGUUGUGGACCCAAGUAAGCUAAGAAAGAUAUUGGGACCAGGAAUGUCCGAGAAGAUCUGGGAUGCAACCAUAAAACAUGCAAGGACCUGUGAGAAGGGGAACAAGCACUACAUCUUCCAGGGGCCCACCUUCACCAUUACCUUGAAUCCAAUCUGUCAAGUUGAAAGAGCUGUGGUUAAUGGGCAAAUCCAUACCCACAAGGACCUCUCAAACAACAUUAUCAGGCCCUAUAUUGAGAGUUUGGUCAGAGAAGCUUACUCCCAUUGGAGCACAUUGGAAGAGAUUGACGGUCUUGUCUUCCCUGAAACAGCUCAACUGACACUAGGUGAGAUGGAGGAUCCCUGCCCCACACACUAUCACCUGGCAGAUAAAGCUUUUGGGGAGUAUUUGCCAAGCAAUCAUGCCCAAGUUGGGGCCAGUAAUGAUUGGCAGAUAACCUCAGCAUUUGGGACUGCCCCUUUUGAGCAUUCGAUCAGGUACCACAGCAUCCAGGAGACAUCAUCGUCAUCCGACGGGAACGGUCUUGCACCUCCAAGGUCUUUCAUGGAUGGGAGAUAAAAUUAGGGUUUCGAUUGAUGGCGCGGGGGAUUGCCAUGUGACUCAAGCGAGCGUAGUCAGGUGGCGAAAAAGGGUCGAGGUGGUUCGAAAUGGACCCGGACCUAGGAGUCGAGGUCCGCCUCGGACAAGAAACACAUCUCCAUGUUUAGGAAAUUUUGCAAGGGCUCCUACUAUUUGCCCAAUUUUACGAGCAUCAAGUUUUGGAGGAGGAAUUCAAAUCGGAGCUUGACUUGGGUUGACUAGUCAAAAUGGUGGGACUCUCGCAGCCAGGUUUAGUAGGAAGCUCUUGCCCAAUGCUUUUUGGACAGGCCGUUGAGAUUUGCUCCCAAAGCCAUGGGGGUUCUUCAAAAACAAAGAAGAACUGGGACAUAUAUAGUGUUGUUUUACUCUUUUUAGUGUUGCAUUUAGACCUUUUUCUUAGGUUAAUUUGUCAAAUCCUCUAACAAAGGUUGGCAAUAACCCUGAUUGAGUGUUGUAGGUGGCAGGCAAACGUGAGAUUAUUUAUAGAGCAAUAAGCGCGCGCCAUGACAUCGAAGACCCUGGGAGCCAUAUCCUUUGUCUACUUCUUUCCUCCAUUUCAAAUUCUGGGUUUUUGAUUUUGUUUUUGUUGUCACUGUCAUUGCAAUAUCUCCAAUUGCCUGUGUUUCGGGAGAAAGCAAUUUGCUAUCUUUGACGUCCGAGAUA